CUUAUUUAUUUAAGCACAAUAAAAAUUAUGAGCUAAUAAUAGUAGACAUAAUAAGGCUAGGUCUAAUCAUUAACAAAGGAUCCUGCUUCUCUAUUGCAUGAAGAGCCUAGCAUAGGAGAAUUUUUUAACAAUUCGGAGCUUUCUGACAUAGUUGUUUUAGAUAAUAAUGGUAAACAAUAGAAGAAAUAUUAACUUCAUAGGGUUAUAUUAGCCAGUAAAUCAACUUAUUUUAGGAAAUUGUUUAAAGAAAAGCCAAAUUAGUAAGAAUUUGUGCUGCCUCUUCUAGUUUAAUUAGAAAUAAAUAAGAUGCCAUAACAAACAUUUAUUUAAUAAAAUUAAAAUUAAAAUUUUAAAGAAACAAAUAUCAUAGAAUCAGUUUUGAAAUUCAUAUAUUCAGACUAUGAUUUCGCUGUAUUAACUAAUUAAGGCCUUAAUGCUCUUAACUGCAUGGAUUUUUUUUCUUAUUUUAGCACUUUGUAAGUUAACAGUGGGAUAUUUUUAAUGGAAAAGUAUAUUCUCUAAUAUAUUUUGAACAGUGAAAACGCGUUACAAAUUUUAAAUAUAGGUAUUCAAUUUAAAAAUAAAGCAUUACUAGAUAACUCUGUAAAGUUAGUAUCUGAAAAAUUUGGAAAACUUUUAUAAAAUAGCUAAUACUUCUAUAGCUAACUAUUAGAUCUUUCAUACGAUGCUUUUCUUUAAAUUAUUUAAUCUUCAGAUAUUUAAGUUGAAAAUGAAGAUAUUAUUCUCUCAAUUGUGCAUGAUUAUAUUGUUUAAUUUUAAUCAAAGAAUAAAUAAUUAAAUCAACAAAAUAAUAUUUUACAAAGUAAUAAUCAUACAAAAGAAGGUAAUAUCAAUCAGAUUCCUAAAAUACUUGUGCAACCUUUGAAUGAAAUUUCAAAAGAAUAGCAAGUAUAAAAUGAUGAAAAAUAAAUUGAUUUAGAAAAAAAUAAUGAAAGCGAGUAAUAAAAUUAAAACGAAAAAAGCUAAAAUAUGAAUAAUCCUACAAAGGCUCAAGAAGCAGAAAUUAGCUAAAACUCUGAAAAAGAACCUCCAAAAGAUAAAUUACAAUCUGAAGUUUAGAACAGCAUAGAUUAAAUUUAAAAUAAUAAUGAGUAAAAAUAAAUAUAAAAUGAUCAAAAUGCUAUUGAUAAUGGUUAAAAUUUAGAAAAUAAUUAAAAUCAAAAAGAAAUAGAAAAAGAUGAAACAUUGCCCAAAUAACAGGAAGCAAAUGAUUAAAAUAACAAUUAAGAAUAAGAUCAAAAAAUUCUAAUUGAAUAAUCAAGCUAAAACUAAGCCAAAGAUAGCAAUCAACUUAAAAAUUAAGAUGAAACAAUUAAAAUAUAGUAGUAAUUAGAUUUAAAUGAUAAGUCUUUACAUUAAUAAAACAAUAAUCAAUAAUUAAAUAAUUAAUAAUUAGAAGAGCUAUUGAGUUUUGUUAGGUUAGGCUAUGUUUCUCAUUCAGCUUUAAAUUACUUUGCCUAAUAGCCUGUAUUUUUAUCUUAAAGGGAUAUUUUCUAUAAAGCUAUUUCUUUAAAAUUGAGUAAAUAUGAGUAAAAUAAUAUGCCUAAUUACUCUGGUAUUAAUUGGAAUCCAAGAGAAAGUUAUAUGAAUAAUGUUACUUUAUUGAAUCCAGCAAAUAUCGAAACACAUCAUAAUUUAAGAUAAGGCAAUUAAAUUGAAAAACCUAGUAUUUAUCCAAACUCUUCUUAAUUUGGUAUUUAAAAUAAUUAAUAAUUAUCAUAUUAUCAGUAAUCAAAUAAAUAAUUUUUUUCAGAAUCUUCUUACAACAAUUAAUAAAAAUAUGUUAAGCCUAACUAAUCUGGCUCACUUGCUUUUACAUAUGCUUAUGAUUUUGAUGAAAACGGACUAUUAUUUUUCCUUGGAUCAAAAGGAAAUAAAAUAUAGUUUAGUAAUCCUUUUUAUUUAAAUGAAGUUAUGCCUUUUUGCUCAUCACUCAAAUUAGGCAGGAUAGAAGAUUUAACAGCACGGUUGAAUAAUAAUACUAUUAGCACUGAAAACGAAAAAAAUUCAUUUUUUGGCUUUGAUUUAGGUGAAGAUAGAUACUUCUUUCCAACCUGUUACACACUGAGAAAUAGAAGUAUGCCUAGUUGUAUACUUUUUAAUUGGUUGCUUGAGGGAUCUAAUGAUAACAAAUAAUGGUUUGAGAUAGAUAAAAGAAUUCAUUUCUCAAAAGAUUCAAAAUAUAACCUGCUUCUAGAAAAAGAGCGUGAGCUACUACGUAAGCCCAACAAAUCGUCAACAUGGGGAAUAGAUACUUCUAAGCUAAAAGAAACUCUUCGUACAAUUAGUAUAGAUGCAGUAGGUUUCAGGGCUUUUAGAAUAACUUAACUUUCAACAAACGGAAGCAACACACAUGAAUUUGCAAUAGGAGCAAUCGAAUUUUAUGGAAAAGCAUAUGGAAUGAACUGGCAAUUUUGA